AUGCUUCUUGUCUGCCAGCUGGCUUUGUGUCUGUGUGUUGUGUGGCCUGCGGAGAUCAUCUGCUCCACACCUCUACACGUCCGAUCUGCAAACUCCCAGGCGUGGAACUCUCUUAGUGCGGCUCUUCACAAUUGCAGGCUGAAUAUUUCCAUUCUUCUGUCUGUCUUCCCCUCGUACUCUGCACCUCGUGCCGAGAACAUCUGGCUGGCGUCAGAGUGGAGCCUGGCUGUGCAGAUUGGAGCAGUCGGUAAAGCAGGAUCUCUGGCAGCCGGCCCUGCAUGCGAGCAAGAGUGUUUUACAGGUGGCGCGGCCUACCUGUCCCCCUGCGAAAUGUCCACUUCUGACACUUUGUACUUUGAUAAGGGCCGGACCAAUUGCUCACAGGAACCAGGGGAGAUGGAGGGGCGGAAAUGUCAGCCUGACUGCAAGUACCGGGAGAAGGAGGCUCUGCGAAGUGCAGGAGAAAGGACGUGGGUGCUGCCUGGCGUAGACUAUCGCCCGCCGACUCCGCCAAGCAAAUGUGGCUUUCACCGUUACCAGUUCAUGUUGGUGGAGCAGCCGACAGACGCCUGCGCGACGCUGACUGAGGAGGAGAAUUCUUUCAGCGGUAAACAGUCUGUACCCAAACCCUUUGGCCCAACAAUCAUGUCCCAUUGA